CUGCUGAUGACAGAGAAGACGGCCGACGAUUUUAAAACCAGAAGGGCGGAGCAAGAUGAUAUUGCGAAGACGAAGAGGAAGAAUAAGAAAAGCUACAAUCCUGGUAAGAUUAAAAAGAGCGCUUCGACACUUGGUAUAGACCAGAAACAGUGCCGCAAAGCAGCACGGAAAGAUCUGAAAGCGGAACUCGCACACUUCGCCAGGAAGAAGGUAACCUAUCUAGAUGUUGAUCGUGGUGCCUUCGGUGGAGGUCCAUUGGCCACAACAAGUUCGAGUCAAAAUUAUACCACGACGGCCAGCACGAUAAACCUCGAUUCCUACUGUGUGGAGAAACUGUUGAAUUUCUACUGCACGGAACUCUACGAAGAAGCUGCGUCUUAUCCGAAGUGCGCCCAUCUCCGGGACAACACGCUGAACUUGGAUUUUUUCGAAUGUUUCCCCGAAAUUUCCGUACCCGCGCACUGCAAGAGCCCCGCAGCUCUUGGGGGAAACAGCAAAACAGAUGAACUUGUUUCAUCAGCCACUGCUGGUCAAGGUGAAGGUCCUCCACGGGAAAGCAGCGGCAGGCGACUGACGUCGACAAACGACGACGUGCGCAUCGUUUCU